AUGUACGGAAUGCCCCAAGAGGACAUGAUGAACAUGAACCAAUUGAACAAUCCUCCGGGCGACAUUGGUCAAGCUUCACAGAUGGCCCCUCCAUCGAUCAAUGUUGAAUUUGCCCCGCCAUUGCGGAAUCCAACCGUUGAUACAUCUAAAUCCACCGCGGAUUUUGACUCAUUGAGCCCUCCCGCUAUGCGAUCCCGUGUUCGUAGCAAAUCCGAUCCUUAUCACCCUGCUUCCCGCUCACGCUCUCCUGCAACUUCCUCGACGUCUCUGGAGCCCCGAGUUCCGGCCAGCCCACGGUCUUUGUCCCCCGUUGGAUCGGUUGGCUCUCACUCGCGCAGUAGCCCCAGUUCGCGGGAUCCCUCGCCCUCACGAUCAAACCGCCGCCUCUCUACCUCGUCAAUCGAGAACCGGAACUACAUCCUAGAUCUCGCCGAUCCGCAAAGACCCGGAGCAGCACCCGGGGAGCCAAAACGAAUCCAGAAACACCCGGCUACCUUCCAGUGCACCUUAUGUCCGAAACGCUUUACCCGCGCAUACAAUCUGCGAUCCCAUCUCCGCACCCACACUGAUGAACGACCAUUCGUGUGCACAGUGUGCGGUAAAGCAUUUGCACGGCAGCACGACCGCAAACGCCACGAAGGCCUCCAUUCCGGCGAAAAGAAAUUCGUCUGCCGCGGCGAGCUCUCGCGAAGCGGACAGUGGGGUUGUGGCCGCCGCUUCGCCCGUGCAGAUGCUCUGGGCCGCCACUUCCGCUCCGAGGCGGGCCGGGUAUGCAUCAAGCCUCUCCUCGACGAGGAGUCGCAAGAGCGUGACCGUGUCUUGCUAGAGCGACAGCAGCAGCAACAACAAUCGCCGUCCGGCCAUCUCCAGCCUAUCCCCCAGCCGCUCGUUAUGCCCAACAUGCCUGGUAUGGAUGGGCAAUCGACGGGCAACUUCGUUCUCCCUGCGGCUCUUCUGGCGCAAUACCCGGCUCUGCAGACGUUGCAGUGGGACCAGAUCUCGGCUGUGGGUGAUGAUCCCAGUGAUAUUGGUGGGCGGAGUAGCUUUGAUGCUAGCUCCGGUGGUGAGUUUGGUUUUGAUGAGGAUGAUUCGGGAAUGGGUGGUGGUUAUGGUAGUAACCAGGGGAGUAUGUACGGUGUCAAUAACUCUGGUCAGAUGUUGGGGGUUAAUCCUGGGGACCCUGGGUAUUCUGAUCAGAAGUGGACUGGAUGA